GAUUAACGCUUUGCCACCCUUAGACUGGUUGUGCACUGAGAACUCGAGCACAGCAUGCGAUGUACACACUAAUAUAUAAUUUAGGUCGACAUAAAGCAUCAAGCUUACACUCAGAAUGUCAGGAGCAGCAAUAACUAUUGGACCAGCGGUGGUUGGAUCGAUGAUCGCCAGCUACUUAUUUGGCUGCUCGACGAUGCAAACCUACACUUACUAUAAGCGUUUCCCAGGUGAUAGGAGAAUAUUUCAAAUUCUGGUGGCAGUCGUGAUGGUGCUGACUUUUGCCCAUAUCAUCUGCGUCAUGUAUUGGACAUGGACCAUGACCGUUACGGGCUGCCAGAAUCCUGAUGGUGUAACCAUAUUCUCCAGCUCUCGAGACGCAAAUCUCAUCCUGACACCGCUAAUCAGCACUCUUGUUCAGAUGUUUUUCAUUUACAGAUUGUUCAAAUUCUCAGGAAGCAAGACACUCGCCGCGUUUUGUGGCAUUCUCAGCACGUUGAAUCUUGCCGGCACUUUGGUGGAUGCAGCCAAGGCACUGAGCAUUUCCGCGGACAGAACUGCACAAAACGCACGAAAUUGGUUGACCAUCCUGACUCUUGUUUCAGCCGCUGUUUGCGAUCUUGUGAUCACGAUUGGGCUAGUGUAUUUCCUGCAGCGUGAACGCAGGCGCAGCAAGGCUCAGCAAACGCACAAUAUCGCUGACCGUUUGACUCUUUGGGCAAUUGAGACUGGUCUCGCAACUAGCAUGUCUGCUGUCUUGGUUAUUGUCUUCUUUUGUGCCAUGAGAAAUUCUUUCUUAUGGACGGCCAUUUAUGACGUUUUGGCUGAUGUCUAUACAAAUUCGCUCCUGGCUGCACUCAACAGCCGCAGGACUACUCGCAUUCGGGACACUCGCGUCGUCGAGUUUCCCACCUCUCACGACACAUUACCUGACAGUGACAAACCGGAGGUUAAUAAUUAGAUUGUCGGUUUUAUUAUACACUGCUCCUAAAGCUAUCGUGCUGUAUAGAUUCCCACCAAUAAUGUCCGACGAUGAGUUGACAGACAGUCACAGCAGUCAUCGCCCCCGAGCCAAUGACUCACGCAUCUCACCCAGGUUCGGCUCCUUGACGUGAAUGCAAAUCACAUUUCAAAUUUCAAACAUGUUCCGCAUCGGGUGCGAGUCACACCCCCCUAGCCAUACCAACAC